AUGCCGCCCACGCGCCCCCAUCUCCUAUCGCCAUCCUCCGCCAUAUCAUUAUACUUCUCCGCCACCACCCCAAAAAGUCUCCUCGCCUCCACGUACUACUACAAGUCACCACCUCCCCCGUCUCCGUCUCCCACCUCCAGCCGUACUACUGAUCAUUCACUGACCACCGCGGUUGGAAAAAUCUCCACCCCGCAUGCUCGUACUACUACCAGUCCCCGCCAACCACCGGUAAAAUGCAAGCCGCCCACGCUCCCUACUAGCUACAAGUCUCCUCCUCCGCCGGUUAAAUCUCCACCCCCUCCCUACUACUACCAAUCCCCACCGCCACCGGUGAAAUCUCCACCUCCACCCUACUACUACCAGUCCCCACCGCCUCCGGUAAAAUCACCACCCCCUCCCUACUACUACAAAUCUCCUCCACCUCCGGCUAAGUCCCCUCCGGCUCCGUACUACUACGUGUCUCCACCACCUCCGGUGAAGUCGCCGCCGUCUCCUUACUACUACAAGUCUCCUCCGCCACCUUACCACUCUCUACCAGCUGUGGAAGUCAUCGGAAAGGUUUACUGCUUCAAGUGCUACGACUGGAAUUACCCCGACAAGCAUAGCAACAAGAAGCUCUUCAAAGGAGCAAUUGUGAAGGUGACAUGCAAGGGAGAUUACAAGUAUGUUGGAUUCGGUGAGACAAACAUCCAUGGGAAAUACAGCGUAGAGAUCAAGGGGUAUCCCUACUGGAAGUAUGGAGCCAAGGGAUGCAAGGUUGAGCUCCACGCUGCUCCCAAGGGAUCGAUGUGCAGGUUGAAGACCAAGCUCAACAAAUUCCAACCCAUCAAACUCGAAGCUUCUCGAGACAAGAUCUUGCUCUUGUCUAAAUCCAUGGCCUUUGCUCCCGAGAAGCCCUACAUGGAGUGCAACAAGCACCAGCAUCAUGAGUCGCCUCCUCCUCCCGCGCCAAUUUAUCAUUACAAUUCACCACCACCACCACCGACUUACUACUACAAGUCACCUCCUCCUCCCGUGAAAUCACCGCCUCCUCCUUACUACUACAAGUCUCCACCUCCUCCGGUGAAGUCACCACCUCCUCCUUACUACUACCAGUCCCCUCCCCCUCCGGUGAAGUCACCACCAGCUCCUUACUACUACCAGUCCCCUCCCCCUCCGGUUAAGUCACCACCAGCUCCUUACUACUACCAGUCACCCCCUCCUCCAGUGAAGUCACCACCUCCUCCUUACUACUACCAGUCACCCCCUCCUCCAUCACCACCAGCUCCUUACUACUACCAAUCACCCCCUCCACCAGUGAAAUCACCACCAGCUCCUUACUACUACCAGUCUCCUCCGCCUCCGGUGAAGUCACCACCUCCUCCAUACUACUACCAGUCUCCUCCGCCUCCGGUGAAGUCACCACCUCCUCCAUACUACUACCAAUCACCACCUCCUCCAGUGAAAUCUCCACCUCCUCCAUACUACUACCAAUCACCACCUCCACCAGUGAAAUCACCGCCUCCUCCUUACUACUACCAAUCACCUCCUCCUCCCACGAAGUCACCACCUCCUCCAUACUACUACCAAUCAUACCUUCCUUCCCCGCGUAAAUCUCCACCUCCCCCAUACUACUACCAUCCCUACACCUCCCCACCUCCACCGGUGAAAUCUCCUCCUCCACCUUACCACUACACCUCCCCACCUCCACCGAUGAAAUCGCCUCCUCCACCUUACCACUACACCUCCCCACCUCCACCUGUAAAAUCUCCUCCUCCGCCUUACCACUACGUCUCCCCUCCUCCACCCGUAAAGUCUCCUCCCCCACCCUACCACUACGUCUCCCCUCCUCCACCUGUAAAAUCUCCCCCUCCUCCCUACAUGUACAAAUCCCCACCACCACCAUCACCAUCGCCACCACCUCCCUACCACUACAAUUCUCCUCCCCCUCCGUCACCGUCUCCUCCAGUCUACCUCUACUCCUCCCCACCACCACCCCUCCACUACUAAGCAUAAACUCUUCGCCCCUCUCCUAUCAACCAGGUCUCAGUGUUAGUCGAAUAAAGGAGGCUUGGAGGAGGGCGAGGUUCUUGUAUCAAGCUUUUCAUGUCAGAGUGAGGAAUUCUUGGAACAAUAAUAACAAUCACAUAAAAGACCCGAGGAAUGCAGCCCUGCAUCUCCUCAUAGUUUUGUUUAGCUCUAAGAUGAGUGGAAAGCUUGUGCGAGGACCUUUUAGAUGAAUUCUUUGCUUCUUUUCCUGUUGUCUUGCCUUCGAGUAUGAAUUCUUGUAUUUGUUGUAUGUACGUACGUAUUAAUUGUCCCAUGCAUUUUCAAUCUAAAUAUUAAAAUAUCAUUUGUUUUCUUGGGUA